AGCGGGCGGGGGGAAAGGGCGCAGGGAAGCUACUAUGGCCAUUUCUUCCCUCAGUAUUUUACCGGCCUUGUAAUUGUCGGUAUUACUUUAAUACCGGCACCGGCCUUGCAACCCGUUUUUCCAGCUGGGCCAGUUAAAUACCGGCUGGGUGGCAACCAUAGUCUUAGGGCUUUAUGAGACCCCUAUACCUCCUGCAGUUACUUACCCCCCUAGUUAAGGGCAAAGCCGUCCCAUUUUGCUUCAUGGAAACAUUAGUGAAACAGCGAUGAUUUGAAAAAGGCUUAUUUUUACAUAUAUUCAUUUAUUUUUAGGCUUUUUUUCUCACUGCACAUUUUUGAGCUACUUUUGGAGUGGCUCUUGGCUAGUUUAGGGCUGGUUUUGUAGCCGACUUUGGCUGGUUUUGAAAAUGACACCCGGCAACUCUGUACACAAGUCCCCAGCCCCACCUGUGACUCUCCUCAAACAUAGUUCCAUAGGAAUCUAUACAGGUCUAGACUGGGAUUCAAAUUUGAUAGGCCCCAGUACUGACAGAGGCCCAAACAAACCCCACCUGCCCAAUAAACUGAUUGUAUAAUUCAUCUUACAGCAGCCUAUAUAUACACACACACAACUAUUCACAUACAAAGGGAGGCCUCAAACUAUGAUCAACCCCCGUUUAAAGUUUGAGGGCCAAACACUAAAGCCCAGAGUCUCUCACACCGAGCACUAACCAUUCAGAAUAAGGAAUAGAGAGCACGUGACUGUGACGCCACCGCGCGGCUUUCCGCACUCUAGGAACUACCAUAGAGCGAUCGGCGUCACAGCACAGUGUUGUCUAGGAACUCGCAGCUACCAUAGAGACGUGCUACGAGCCCCAGAGUGUGAUGUAGAACCAAGAGGGCGGAUUUCCGACACCAAUUCCGCACCUCGGCUUCUCCUCGGCCAGUACCUUCUGUCGGAGCCGCUGCCUGACUGAGAAUGAACUUCAAGCGCUCCAGCAUCCUCAGGAUGGCUCUCAUGGGGGUCGGAGAAGGGGACCCGGAGAAGGGGGCCCGGGAGUCGUUCAUGGUAAGAGCUGUGAAGAUAGCGAUGGUGGUGAUGCUCUACUGGUUCAUCUCCAUCACCAUGGUGUUCCUCAACAAGUACCUGCUGGACAGCCCUUCUCUGAAACUGGAUGCCCCGCUCUUUGUCACCUUCUACCAGUGUUUGGUCACUGUCGUCCUCUGCAAAUCACUCAGUCUGCUCACCCAUGUCGUUCCAUCGCACGUGCUGGAGUUCCCCUCUCUGCGUUUCGAUCUCAAAGUCCUCAGGACGGUCCUGCCGCUUUCCGUGGUUUUCAUCGGAAUGAUCAUCUUCAACAACCUGUGCCUCAAGUAUCUUGGAGUGGCCUUUUAUACGGUGGGCAGGUGCCUUAGUACUGUGUUCAACGUGCUGCUUUCCUACAUCAUGCUGAAGCAAACCACCUCCAUGUAUGCGCUGAUGUCCUGCGGAAUCAUUUUAGGAGGCUUCUGGCUGGGAAUAGACCAGGAAGGGGCAGAAGGAACACUCUCCUGGGCUGGAAUCUUCUUUGGGGUCCUGGCCAGCCUGUGCGUAUCACUGAAUGCCAUUUACACUAAAAAAGUCCUGCCGGCAGUUGACGGAAGCAUCUGGCGCCUGACUUUCUACAACAACGUGAACGCUUGCUUCCUCUUCAUCCCUCUGCUCUUCGUUUGCGGAGAAGUCGGAACCCUGCUCGCCUUUGAUAAACUGUCCAUGUUUUACUUUUGGGGCAUGAUGACCCUGGGGGGUAUCUUUGGCUUCGCUAUAGGGUAUGUGACAGGGCUGCAGAUUCAGUUCACCAGCCCCCUGACCCACAACAUCUCUGGGACAGCCAAAGCUUGUGCUCAGACAGUAAUUGCUGUCAUGUACUACCAUCAGAUCAAAAGCUUUUUGUGGUGGACCAGCAAUUUAAUGGUACUGGGCGGUUCCUUCUCCUACACAUGGGUGAAGGGGCUAGAGAUGAAAAAAACCCAAGGAGAGACCAAUCAGAGCCAGAGUAACGGGGAGAAAAGCUCUGUCGGGGUUUGAGACUGUCCAACCACAAUGUUGGGCUUCAAUGAACGAGAGGAUGAGAUGAAAAUGAAUCUGGUUAUGGUCGGUUGAGGGUGGAAAUCUCAAGAUCAGAACUGUAUUUGUAAAUUAAAGAAUCCAAACUGUCCUAACAGAACUACAAGGAUAUACCUGUCCAAGAAACAGGUAUAACAGGUGUUAAAUACUGUGGAAACCAAUAAGCCUUUAACAGCUCCACCAAUAUGGAAACCAUUUAGUUCUGUGUUUCUCCUGUAAAGAGAGAAACCGUUGUAUCACAUGUCAUUAAUGUAUGUGUAUGAGAUUUUAAACAUAAACAAACACACGUGUGCAAAUAAUAAAUGCAGGAAACAUACAAAUAUAUAAUAUAUACGAUCCCAAAUAUAAGUGGCAGACCCAAAUUUGGUACACUUAGGGGGUUAUUUAUUCAAGUCUGUUUUUUUUUUUUCUACUAUAAAAUCAAAAACAUUUUGUGGGGAAAAAAAACCAAAAUUUUUCAGAAUGUAUUAAAGGACGAGUAACAUCAGUUUUUUUUAUUAAAAAAUUCGUUAGUGUAGAACAAAAAUAACAAAACACAAAGACAUAUUAAACUUUUAAAUUGCUAAGUCAUUAUUAAGAAAAAAAAAAUUGAUGCUACUGAUUCUGUAAAUCCCAAGUGUUAAAAGUCAGAAUUAAAAAGUACUCCCAACUCAGACCUGCCGAGUUCAUAUAGAAGUCAAUGGGAGAAGUCCCGAAGUUAUCCUGAUCUGUGCUAGGUUUCCUGCAAUAAUCUGAAGAUUUCGUGGUUUUUGGGAAAAACUGAAAAAUUCGCACGAUUUAAUUUUUUUUUCAUUUUCUUUCCCCGCACAGGAAGUUUUCUGAAAAAUGUAUUGAUAAAUAAGGGGGGAAAAAACGGUGCGGAUUUGGUCGGAGUCAUUUUCAUAAAAUACUCCGGAUAUUUUCGGAUUUUGAUAAAUAACCCCCUAUGUUAGUAUAUGGUGGUUCUGCCCUUAAUUCUAUAUUUUAGUAUAUUAUUUCCAUUCCUUUUUCAUUUUUUUCUAUUUUGCUACAAGUCUAGACUUCUUACAGCUUAUGUUUGAGUUUUAUUUGUACCUGCCCAAGGUCACCCAGUCUGUUAAAGGUCAAGGGAACUCUAUUUGACUGUUGGGCACCUCGUCCAGUGGAUAGAAUUUAUAACUUUGCACCCUGCUUUGAUGCUUUUACUCAACAUUUUUCAGCAAAGAGAAGCACUGGCCUGGGUUCAAAUGUUAGCAAUUGUAUUCACCGGAGGGGCCAUAACAGGUUUGCACGCUCCAGCGAAGCUCCCCAUCUUUUUUGCUGAUUCCCAUCUAGAGAUGCGCCAAUUCCAAUUUUUGGGAUACGGCCGAAUCCCCAAACCCUUUGUGAAAGAUUCGGCCGAAUCCUAAUUUGCAUAUGCAAAUUACGGGCGGGAAAGGAAAAGGUGGGGAAAAUGUUUUUUACUUUCUUGCUUUGUUACAAAAAUGUCAUGUGAGUUCCCUUACCACACCUAAUUUACAUAUGCAAAUUCGGAUUCGGUUCAGCCAUGCACAAGGAUUCGACCGAAUCUGAAUCCUUCUGAAAAAGGCCGAAUCCCGAACCGAAUCCUGGAUUCAGUGCAUCCCUACUCCCAGCACAUGCUCUGGGCUACUGUCACUAAUCUAAGCUUAGGGAACCACUCACAAUAUACAGUAUAUAUACAAUAUUAGGCUGAUUAGUAAUGAAUUGAGAGUCACAUUACAUGGCAGCUCAGAAAUCAGUACAGUCUGCAUCAGAAUUAGGGAUGCACCGAAUCCACUUUUUGGGAUUCGGUGAAUCCUUUGUGAAAGAUUCGGGCAAAUACCAAACCAAAUCCUAAUUUGCAUAUGCAAAUUAGGAGUGGGAAAGGAAAAGUUGGGGAAAAUGUUUUUUUACUCCCUUGUUUUGUGACAAAAAGUCAUGUGAUUUCCCUUCCCACAACUAAUUUAGAUAUGCAAAUAUAGGAUUGGGUUCAGCCGUGCACAAGGAUUCGGCCGAAUCCUGGAUUCGGUGCAUCCCUAAUCAGAAUAUAAUAAUCACCCCUGUAGCAUCAGCUUCUAUGGAAGAUGAACCUCACUUUCUGCUUGAUGAUUUCCCACGCUCCCUAAGUUCAGCUUCCCAACAGCAGCCCACUGAGCAUGUGCAGUGCCACUGACACAAAAAAUACAAGAUCCAAGAUGGAGAGCUGCUGGGGACACCUGUGAAGGCCUGAGUUAUUGUUAUAGGGCUAUUGAACCUCUGGGCUGAUUACAGCAAGUUUAGUAUAUAACAUUGGCGUAUUGUUUUUUUUGGCUUUAGUUUUCUUUUAAAAUACUGUAUCGUAAAAGUGUCAUGUCCUGAGUGUGUCAUUCAUAAUUGUAUUGGAAGUGAAGAGCAUUCCUUUUCAUGUUCUCCAAUCUAUGGUGAACAGAGAUUCUAUUAUUUAUUUUGAAACUAUAAUAUAAAUAUAUAUAUAUAAUGUUAUAUGUAACUGGGAAGAUUUUAAUUGUUGCAUAUUUUUAUAAUACUCUUCGAUCUCAAGCACAAGGCUGUUGGGCCGAGUACUGAUCUGUAUCUGGACUGUGCCAUUUUACAUAAAAUUCUUGUUUCUGA